AAAACUUCUAAUUUUGUGAGCAUCCCAUGGCAUAAGCCAACCACGAGCGCCAUGGACUGGUAUUCCUGGUUAUCUAAAACCUCCCUUGAGCCGUCAAUUGUCUAUAAGUAUGGCCUUGCCUUUUCUGGGAAUGAGCUCCAAAAGGAGGACUUAGCAUACUUCAACCAUGAGUUUCUUCAGAGCAUGGGUAUUUCAGUUGCCAAGCAUAGGCUGGAGAUUCUCAAGCUUGCUAGGAAGGAAGUUAGAGAAGCCCCUAAUAGCCUGUCCAAGCUCAUUUUGGCAAUCAACAAAACCAGAAAGUGCUUCAACAAGUAUGUCAACAAGUUGGUUCACCAUGAGAAUAAUGCGACGAAGCCACUGCCGGAGCCGGUUUCUUAUAGCGAUAAGUGGAGAGAAGCAUUGUCAAGGAGGUGCAAGAGUGAUCACAAGGAGCUGAAGAUAGAGCAUCCAAUGGUGAGAACCAGGGAAAUAGCAAAAUCUGGUCCCUUGGAUUAUGGAGGACCAGAGAAAUUGCUGGUCCCUCCUAGGAGCUUAAAAUUUUCCGGGCCCCUAGAUCGGAAAUUGCAGGAGAAGUUGGUGUUCAGUUAUAGGAGCCCAAUAACAUCUGGUCCAGUUGAUGUUGCAAUGACACAUAGGAGACCAAAAGUUCAUGGUGACAUCAACAAGGAAAAGUCAGGUGGGGACUUAAACUAUAAUACAUUAUGGGCAACACUGUUUGAGGACAUGAAACCUACAUGAAUUUACUGCCUAUCUUUCCUAGUUUUGGUGUUGGAAAGGUGAGAAAUAGUCAUACAGAAAAAAAAAAUCCUAUCCAAUCACUGGGACAGUAAGCCUUAUUUAUCUGGUAAAAGUUGCUAUUAAUAUGUCCAUGUGAGGAAGCUAAUCUAAGGUUAGGAUGCCUCAAUAAUUUGCAUAUUCUAGUAGUGUUGGACAGUUUUCCUACCAUCAAUAUGCAUGCCAAAUCUUUUUGAGUCCAUGUAAUUUAAAUUUUCAAGUAUUAUCUAUACUUUUUAAGAUUUAUGGUUUGCUUGAGAUGUAAUAUUUCAAAUCGGCAACUUUCAGUCUCUAUUGGGUUGUAAUGAAAAAAAAAUGAGGAAAAAGAAUCAAUAGACUGUGUGCUGCGAGCUUACCAUGUA